AUGAGCAGCAGUGAGGCUAGCGCGCAAGACCAUGGUGUGCCGGCGCUCGAGGCGCAGGCUAGCGCGGAAGAGCAUGACCAUGGUGUGCCGGCGCUCGACGAGGCGCCCACGCCCGCGGACACGGACAAGAUACUGGCCGCCGUGGCGCAGCUAGCGCGACGUCGGAGGCUGGAGGCAAGGCGGCUGGGCCGCACUGCAUCCGCGGGGGCGCAGGGCGAGGCCUCGAAGCGGGCGCGUCCGGUGUCGGACGCCUCCGCGGACUCGUCCCGCGAGUCUGCGAAGGUGGCGCCCGAGCCGCGGGAAGGGGCUUCUGCCGUGGUGCCACCGGGGGGUUGGCCCAAGUCCGUGUCGCACGGCGCGAUGUCGGUGAUCGGGCGGCGGCGGGAGAUGGAGGACGCGUUCGCCGUCGCCGCGCCGUUCCUGGUGGCCGCCGCGGCGGGGGAGGAGAAGAGCGGCGAGGGGGAGGAGAAAGACGGCGGCGGGGAGGCGGAGGCGGAGUUCUUCGCGGUGUACGACGGGCACGGCGGGUCACGGGUGGCGAACGCGUGCCGGGAGCGGCUGCACGUGGUGCUCGCGGAGGAGGUGACGCGUCUGCAGCUGCAACCCGGGAAGGGCGGCGACGGGGACGGCGUGCUGCGCUGGAGGGAGGCCAUGGAGGCCUGCUUCGCCCGCGUGGACGGCGAGGUCGUCGUCGUCGAGAGAGAGGCGAACAAGAACAAGGCCGGCCACACGAUGGGCUGCGGCUCCACCGCCGUCGUGGCCGUCGUGGGGCCCCGUCGCAUAGUGGUCGCCAACUGCGGCGACUCCCGCGCUGUGCUCUCCCGCGGCGGCGUCCCCAUGCCGCUGUCCUCCGACCACAAGCCAGAUAGGCCUGAUGAGUUGGAAAGGGUAGAAUCAGCAGGUGGCAGGGUCAUCAACUGGAAUGGGUACCGUGUCCUGGGGGUGCUUUCGACGUCAAGGUCAAUUGGUGACUAUUACAUGAAGCCAUUCAUAUCAGCUGAACCAGAGGUGACUGUUACGGAGCGUACGCACAAAGACGAGUUCAUCAUCCUGGCGAGCGACGGGCUGUGGGACGUCAUGACCAACGAGGAGGCUUGCAAGGUCGCGAGGAACUGUUUGUGCGGGCACGCGGCUGCCAAGUACCCUGACACCGUCCACGGGAGCUCGGGUAGCGAUGCCGCUGCGAUGCUGGUGGAGUUCGCCAUGUCGCGGGGCAGCACUGACAACAUCAGCGUUGUGGUGGUGGAACUGAAGCGUCUGAAGAGGUGGAAGGGUGGUAGACAGAAUGGUAGGACGUAG